AGCAGCAGCAGCAGCAGCAGCGUCCUCCAGAGCAGAUCCACCUCCAGACCCCACCGGCCUCUCCUCCACCCGAGGACCCUGCUCCUGCUGCUCCUGCUCGGUCUCUCCCUGUGGAGCCAGCAGGCCGAGGGCCUGGUCCAUUCCAGCUUCAGGCGGCUCAGCGGCCGCGAGAAGAAAGAGAUGCAGAAGGAGAUCUUGUCCAUCUUGGGUCUGCCGGGGCGACCCAGACCCCACCCGCCGCUACGACCGCCCUCCUCCGCACCCCUCUUCAUGCUGGACCUGUACCACGCCAUGUCGGCUGAUGGGGAGGACGAAGGGAAUGAGAUCAUUGUAAACGGACCCGGGAUGGGGAAGUUUGCAGGGGCAGAAAGGUUGGCUCAGGUCAGCCAUGCAGUCCUGCCGACCCUCAGCACACACACACCACCUCUGGGCACGGUGGUCAGCGAGGCCGACACAGUGAUGAGCUUCGUCAACCUGGUGGAGCAGGAGCGUGACCUCUUGCAGCCUCGUCCGUACUGGAAGGAGUUUCGUUUCGAUCUGACCCCCCUCCCUCAGGGUGAGACGGUGACGGCAGCAGAGUUUCGUAUCUAUAAGACCCUGACGAUGGGCCAGAGGGCCAACCGAACACUGCACAUCUCCGUCUACGAGAUCCAGCGAGAGACCAGACACAGAGAGCCAGAGCUGGUGCUGCUGGACAUGCAGUCGGUGCCUGCAGGACAGGAGGGCUGGCUGGCCUUCGACGUCACCUCGGCCUCCAACCACUGGCUCCUCCACCCCCGCAGCAACCUGGGCAUACGUCUCUAUGUGGAGACGGAAGAGGACCGCUCCCUGUCAGCAGGCUGGAUCGGGCUGGUCGGACGCAGGGGCCCCCGCUCCAAACAGCCCUUCAUGGUGACCUUCUUCAGGGAGAGUCAGGUCCCGUGUCGGCCGCCACGAGCUGUCAAGCCACAUCCCCGCAAGAAGAAACCCAAAUACGACCUCCCAGUCCCCAGCAUCCAUAAUCGGAGUCCUGCAAACAACGGAGGUCAGCCCUGUAAAAAACAUGAACUCUACGUCAGCUUCAGUGACCUGGGAUGGAAGGACUGGGUUUUGGCCCCCACUGGAUAUUCAGCUUACUACUGUGAUGGAGAGUGUUUUUAUCCUCUGGGCUCCUGCAUGAACGCCACUAACCACGCCGUCAUCCAGCAAGUGGUCCACCUCAUGAAGCCUGACGACGUUCCUAAGGCGUGUUGCGCCCCCACCAAGCUGAGCCCCAUCUCUGUCCUCUUUUAUGACGACAACAACAACGUCAUCCUCAAAAAACACCGUAACAUGGUGGUUAAGACCUGUGGGUGUCUAUGAGUCAGAUUGGACACUGAAGAGUAACAAAAAUAAAAAUGUGUAUGAUUGUUCCCCCCCGCCAUACAUGAACUCUGCAGAAACCUUUAUCAUUGGUAAACAGGUUGGAUGACAAAGAUACCAGAAAUCUAAUUUAAUACGUUUGUGAUUAUGUUUUUGAUUUACGAUUUAGGAUCAUGAAUUUAAUCUUCUUCCAAAUUCACAGAGCCAAAGUUCACUGAUUUCAAAUUAGUACUUUUAUCAUUUUCCUUUCAUAUCACAGCAUUGUCUGAGUGUUGGGUGUUUGUUUAUGUCCAAAAUGUCAGCUGGGCCUUUGCACUAAAUAGCUGAAGAACUUAUUUGCCAACUUUUCCCCUGAACUGGGAAUGCUAGGACCUUUUUUAUGCCUUUUUUAACAAAUAAUUCAUUUAGAUUUAGUCUUCAUGGACAAAUGGCAAAUUGGUUGGCGGAACAUGCCAUUAGUGACUCCUGUUUUGUUUUUAACAAGAAAUAGAUAAAAUCACAGCACUACUAUUGUUGCAACACAGUCUAUAUAAAGAGAAAAUGUAAAAUUGUAUUGAAUUAAUAAAGAAAUAUUCAUAUUCUCUUGAA